AAUUAAUUCCUUUUCAUCAUGACCACAGAUCCUAUAGCUCAACAUUCUAUCUCUAUUUCUGCCUAUAUGAGUGGACAUACUAAUGCUAAUCUUGCUUAUGUACGAUAUUUUGGAAAAAAGAAGUCUGCUAUCAAAGCCAACUUUAAAUCAUUAGAUGCUUAUGGAUUCACUAUUGAAUAUGAUACUCCGGAAGAACAAGGUCUAGAAACUGUUAUUCCUUGGCCAACCAGUUCUUCACCCCCUCUGACUACACGCGACCAGGUCAGACCAUUGUUAGAAUCCAUGGCAAAAGAGGCAGAAGAAGCAUUAGGCAUGCCUAGUUCAUUACAAGGACCACCACCUAUUCAAGCUAUGUUAAAAGCUCAGGCAUUGGAGGAAACCGAACGACAAAAGGAAUAUGAACGGCAAAGGAAAAGAGAUGUAUUUUAUCAUGCAGAUAGGUUUUGGCAGAUCCCGAUCAUUUUAGGUAUGUGUCAUCUGGGUUAUUUGGCAGCAAGAUCAAGAAUAGAAACUGGUCCAUGGUAUGCAGCUCAAAUUCAACAGAUCAUUGGUCUUCAUGUGAUUCAAUGGAUGUGGUCUAUCUCAGUGGGUUUACAUGUGGGUGAAUCUUUAAUUGCAUGUGGUAUUUGCCUUCAUCGUGGAUGGUAUAGUUCUGGAAAUAUUCUUCGAUGGACAAUCAGUACUUUCUUCUUUGGUUUCGCCUCUCUAUCAAAAUUAUUGAAACAUGGAAGAGAUAUGGCAAAAUUAGAUUAGUUAUAUAUAUAUAUAUUAGAUUAGAUCAUC